UGCACUGUGCAGCACAUACGACCAACCAGCCAUCACGCUCCUUCUCGUUCGUGAGUCUUAGCUGCUCUCUCGUGCUCUUGCAAUAAGUAGCCCGAGUCCUCCUCCCCUCCCCACCUCACACACAGCAACCAUAACCAAACCAAACGUUCCAGUCCUUCUCUCACGGCUUCGUCACGUCUGCGCGCCCGUGCCUUCCCUAAACCCUGCUCCGCGCAAUCUUAGCCUUCAAACCCUAUACCGUUCGUCGUAACCCAGCAAUUCUCCGUCCUGUUCCUCCCAACACACUGGUCGACGCUGAUAGUGCGAGUCGACCCGCACGACGCUUCCCACGGCCAAGUAGCACGCACACGGCGGUCGACUCGACCCCACACCCUCAUCAGCUGUAGCUGCCAUCUGUUUGGCGACUAAGAUCAUCUCGAUCAUCUCGAUCGUCUCGAUCUCGAUCAUCUCGAUCAUCUCGAUUGCCGAGGCGGGAGCGGUUUCUCUCAGUCACCGGCCGUAGCAAUAGCAGCGUCCUCUAGUCAGCGCUCUGCCAUGGCGUUCAGCGAUCUCUGCGGGAGCAAAGUCGCACCGAACAGCGAUAGCGACUCAGCAACACCAGCGGCUCCAGCGAUAUCAGCGACAGCAUCUGCGACAUGCGCGACACCUACAGCGACAUCCAGCUUCGCCAAGGCCAAUCGUCCGCACCUCCCCCCUUCCUUGAACGAAACCCGCCCGCUCAAGCGCUCCUCGUCCUCCCGCCGGACUUGCGCCCGCACCAGCAGCGGGCUCUUCCCCUCCGGGUUCGUUGCGCCUAAGGGCUUCUCGCCCGCCGCUCCCAGCGACGACGGAAUGGGCGACGCCGCCGCUGCUGCGUUCCCCGCGUUUCCCGCGCACCGUGCGCCGGAAGCUGCGUGGUUGUUCGGUUUCACCGACUUAGAUUCGCCGGCUUUGCCCUCACCGCCUGUCCGUUUCGAUGUAGGGACAAUCCUACCUUUCCCAGUUACUACCGCUGGCAGUAACUCUAGCCUGGCGUUCCGCUCGCCCGUCUGCCAGUGCGGCGGAGACUCCGCCACCUGCUGCUGCUGCGCUGCCUCCCCUCCCGCUUCCGCGCGUGACGAUUGCGCCUGCGGGGGAAACGCCCCGCCAAGCUUCUCCGCCGCGUCUGACGCUGCUUCCUCUGGCGCAGAAUGUGGUGAUUCGGCAGUGACCCCCCCACUUACUCCUACCAGCGCAUCCACUCAAGAUAUAUCCCCCUUCCCUCACUCUAAAGCAUUAUACUCCUCAACAGCAGCACCUGAUUCUGUACCACUGUUGCCUCCUUCUGCAGCAGCCAAAGUGGUUUCAGUUUCGCCACAAAGGCCUGCAUACAUAAGAUCGUCUGAUAUUGUGACUACAAGCAACUGCCGCCGUGUUGUGGGCUUCAGCGCCCCCAGUAGCGGUGGCAACCGCAGCUAAUGCAUGCCUGCAACAGCCACAUACUAAGAGCAUGAGCGGGUCCCUCGGACCAUGAUACUUGCAGACAACCAAAACAGCAGCAGCAGCCUCAAUCCCAGGAGUCUGCAGAGCAGUCUUCAUAGAGCAGUCUGUCAAACAUAUUGUGUAUAUGUCUUAUAGGCUAGAUAGGUGCGUACUCUUAGAGGGUACAACCCCUUAGACAAAACCACCUUGUUUGCCUCAUUCUAGUUAU